AUGAGCCGCCUGCCCAUGGGACGCCACCGGAUGAGUCGUCGCCUGCCCAGGACGCAAGCGGAAGAGACACCUGCCCAGGACGCGGAGCGGCGGAAGGGCAAAGCCUGCCCAGGACGCGCGGAAGAUGCGCCUGUCCAGACGCGGCGGAAGAGACACCUGCCCAGGGCGGCGGAAGCGACGCCUGCCCAGGAACGCGGCGGAAGAGUCGCGCCUGCCCAGGACGCGCGGAAGAGACGCUGCCGGACGCGCGGUAUAAGGCGUCCUGUCCAGGACGCGGCGGAGACGCCUGCCCAGGACGCGGCGGAUGAGCCGCCUGCUCAGGACGCGGCGGAUGAGUCGCCUGCCCAGGACGCGGCGGAAGAGACACCUGCCCCAGGAGCGGCGAUGAUUCGAUUCCCAGAACGCGGCGAAGAGCCGCCUUCGCCAGGACGCGGCGGAAGAAGCACCGCUCAUGACGCGCCGGAUGAGCCGCCUGCUCAGGACCUCCACCGGAUGAGUCGUCGCCUGCCCAGGACGCCGGCGGGGGAAAGAGACGCGCUGGCCCAGGACGCGGCGAAGAGCGCCUGCCCAGGACGCGCGGAAGAACACCUGCCCGGGACGCGGCGGAUGAGGUCGCCUGCCCAGGACGCGCCGGAUGAGCCGCCUGCCUUGGACGCGGCGGAUGAGCCGCCUGCCCCAGGACGCGGACGGAACGAUCACCUGCCCAGGACUCGGGCGAUGAGUCGCCUGCCCAGGACGCGCCGGAUGAGCCGCCUGCCCACGGACUUCGACGGAUGCAGUCGCCUGCCCCAGGACGCGGCGACUGAGCCCCUCCCAGACGCGGCGGAAGAGCCCCUGCCUUGGACGCGCGAAGAGAUACCUGCCCAUGACGUGGGGAAUUAG